AUGUUCAGCCGCAAGGUCAAUGUCAUUGCUAUACCAAGACCACGUACUACUACAGAGACGGAUACUGUGACGACAACGAUCACUACACAGGCCGCCAAGUUACUUUCGAGAUGA